GCAGCAGAGGCGGAAGUCCAUAGCCCUCCAAUUAAAUGGCGAUCGUUUGCAGAUCGCAGCUAUACGGGGCGUCCUUAGAUGUGCAGUAAAUACACAUUUUUCAUUGAGAUCCCGCCAAAGCCUGAUCAGCUUUGCUCUUGUCACCUUUUGCGGGGCAAAGGUGUGGUUUUGUUUUUGUUUUUGCAGCUUGGAAAGGCGGAAGGGAGAGAAACGAAGCGGAUUUAUACCUAAAAUCAGGAAAACCGUCCACAGCUUACCUGGCUGGCAGAAUGGUGGAAAAGAAAAUUUCAGCAAGGUCCCAGGACCCUGGCCAGAGGCGUAUUUUAGACCGGGCCACCCGCCAGCGCCGUCUCAACCGCCAGUUAGAGGCCCUGGAGAAUGACAAUUUCCAGGAUGACCCUCAUGCCAAUAUGCCACAGCUGGUGAAGCGCUUGCCUCAGUUUGAUGAUGAUGCUGAAACAGGGAAAAAGAAGAAAAAAACCCGCGGAGACCAUUUCAAGCUGCGGUUCCGUAAAAAUUUUCAAGCAUUGCUGGAAGAACAGCAGAACCUCAACACAAGCGAAGGGCCCAACUACCUGACAGCGUGUGCGCCCCCGUCCAAUUUGCCGCAGCGUCAUUUCUGCACGGUGUGCGGCUUCCCGUCCAAUUACACGUGUGUGUCUUGCGGCGCCCGCUACUGCUGUGUCAAAUGUUUGGGAACGCAUCACGAAACCCGGUGCUUAAAGUGGACAGUCUGAGUUACGCCACGAAGAUUUAUAAGUAUUAUCUUAUAAAGAGGUCCUUUCAAACCACGAAGUUCUCCCCCUCACGGGACAAAUAGAUUCUCCCUGCCGCGAAGAGGUGGUCAACUGGACUGUAAUUUGUGUUUGAGUAAAUAAAACUUUUUUGUGUUUUGUA